UGGUCUGUAUUGUGUCUGCGUCAGUCGUCAGGGGGUCGUGGACCGUUCGCACCGCUCACUGGACCCAAUUACGCAUUACGCAUAAACACUUUUCAAACAUGGAGGUCGGCGCCGAGGCCAAGAGGAUAAUGGUCGUCGCUUUGGGAAAACUUUACAGCUCCCGGACGCAGAGAGGAGGUCUACGCUUGCACCGGAGCCUGUUACUCACCCUGGUUAUGAAAAGCGCACGGGACAUGUACCACGCGGCGGCCCAAGAAGAGGAGGAGGAAUACAACGGGGUCGUUCCAAGAUGCGACCCGGCACAAGUAGAUUCAAACAACACCACCUCCACCUCCACCACCACCACACAGACUGUAGAACCCUCACUGGAGCAGGUCAGCGACUCUUUUACGCAGCCGGAACCCAUGGAACAGACUUUUACGCACGGACAAACGCAACAAUCGAGGAAGCGCAGGGGCAAAAUAUCAGCUGUACCGGACUUUUUACCUCUUAAGAAGGCCAAACUGGAUUGCCCGACGCAGCUGGUAGUUUUGGUGGACUACGUGACGUGUAGUGACCUCGGGGCCGCCCCAUCCCCCAUCCCGGUUCCCAUGGCUAUAGCGGCGUGUUGAGAGAUAUACG